CUCUUUUUUUUUUUAUAAUCAGCUCAUCUCAUCUUCUAUCAGGCAACACCCGAGUCUUCGAAAAUCUUAUCGCCUUAUAGAGUUUUGCUAGGUCUUAUACAGCUGAGGCUUGGUAACAAGGCUUCGUACCUGAUAAUAAUAGCAACUUCUCUCUUAUCCUUGCUUCACCGACUGGAAAAGGACGUGGUAUAAUAUAGGAAGCACAGCAGUUGUCCCAUUCAACCCAAACUCGACUGCAUUUCUCUCAUCAAUCACCAUCAACAUCAACAUCAUCACCACAACUCCUCUUAUACCAAACCAAUAUAAACCGGAUCCAAACAAACAGCAACCAUGGGCGCCAUCACAGCAGACGACAAACUCCUCGUCCACAUCCCCAUGCCCCUCCCCGAAUCCUUCUUCGCCGCCGCCGCCCAGCGCUUCCCCCAGCUGCGCAUCCACUACGAGGUCGCCCCCGUCGUCAACCACCGCCUGAUGAACUCCAACGAGCUGCCCGACGACGUCUGGGACGGCGUCACGAUGCUGUGCGUCAUGCCGCCGCCCAGCCCGGAGCGCAUGAAGAAUGUCAAGUUUGUCCAGCUGGCGUCUGCGGGCAGCGAUCUGUGGAUCGGGCAUGAGGCGUAUGACAACAAGGACAUCACGUUUUGCUGUACAAGCGGAGCUCAUUCAGUUCAAAUUGCCGAAUGGGCCAUUGGCGCAUGGCUCGCCCACGCCCACAACUUCCGCACCUUCAUGGCCCAAGCAGACCAAGAGGACUGGGACAUGAGGAUGAACCUGAGCGGCACCACGACCGACUCGCCCGGUCUCCGAAUGGGCAUCCUGGGAUACGGCACCAUCGGCCGCCAAGUCGCCCGCCUCGCCCACGCCCUCGGCAUGGAAAUCUACGUCCAAACCUCCAGCCCGCGCUCCACGCCCGAGUCCAAGAAGCUCUCCGAGUACCACGUCCCCGGCACCAGCGACCCGGACGGCCUCCUCCCCGCCAAGUGGUUCUCCGGCUCCGGCCCCGAGGCCAUCAACCACUUCCUCAGCCAGGACCUGGACGUCGUCCUGCUCAGCCUGCCCAUGAGCCCCGAGACCAAGGGGUGCAUUGGCGCCGAGCAGUUCAAGAUCCUCGGCAAGAAGAAGCCCUUCCUCAUCAACGUGGCGCGGGGCCCUAUUGUCGACACGCCCGCGCUCAUCGAGGCUCUGGAGACGGGCCUCGUGCGCGGUGCCGCUCUGGAUGUCACGGACCCAGAGCCUUUGCCCAAGGGGCACCCGCUGUGGAAGGCUCCCAAUGUCUUCAUCACACCGCACAUCAGCUGGCAGUCUUCGCGCUUGACUGAGCGUAUAUCAAACAUCAUCCUGGAGAACUUGGAGAGGUGGAAUAAAGGGGAGCCUCUUCUCAACCGAGUCAAACGAUGAGAGAAUCGAGUUUCUCAAAGCGGCCAACUACCUAGGAGAGUACAUGAUAUUGUAAGCAGUUGUAACCAUAGCUUUUGCAUUUAAUAGCCGUGCUUAGCGUACAUGUAUACCAAAAGAUUGAAGCCAACUUCCAG